UUCAUGAAAUCGUGAAGCGUACGAAACAUAAAAUAUGUGUUACGGCUCUUCCAUGAGACAAAGAAUUCCGAAAUAUAGUUCUGAGACAUGGGAAGUCUUGAUAGGUUAGGAAUUUCACUUAUGCAGAUUAGCUUGUAUUCGAAUGAACGUGUGUCUCGUUAGCUGAGAUCAUAUGAGUAAAAUGAUGCAUUAUAGCCCAUGGAUUCAACAUCAGCCGAUAGCAGAUCAUCAAUGUUGCAUGCCAUAUAUUGAUAUGAUGCCAUCCUAUCACGAUCACGAUCAUGAACGUCAUCGGCUGACUGAAGAAGAAACCGAGCAAGCUAGCGAGGAGGUGCAUGACACAAUGACGCCUGCUACUUCCGGCGAACGUAGUUCUAGCGCAGAUCUAUUCAGAUUGGAGUUUGCUGCUUCUCAAUGGUCCAAGUUAGUUUCUAAUGCAGAAGGUCUGUUUACGAAGCUCAUGACAAGUAAUGUUCUGCCACACACUGAUCAAGAUCAAAUUGAGCAGUGGCUGUGCAUGAAACAAGAGUAUGAGGAAUGUAUAGCCAGCGAUGAGAGUACCAGUUUGCAGGGAUAUGCAGAGAAUGCCAGAAGAUCAUUGGAACGCAUUGAGGAAGUAACUGAGACUGAUGAAAAAACUGACGAAUCUGCGAAUCAAACGAAAAUUAAGCUUAAUCCCAAUUGUACCUCCAGUUCAGAGAGUGAAAUAUCUGAUGUUGAUGAUGAUGAGGAAGAAGAAGAGGACGACGAGGAAGAAGACGACGAUCAAAGUGAUGUGAGUUCGGAAAAUCCAGAUUUUUUGGAGAAGCUGGACGAAUGUAUGAGUAAAUUUAAGUUGGAGACGGAUAGAAUUGUCGAUUCUACAAAGGAUGAUUUCAGAGAGGCAAACAUUGAGAUUAUAUCUCCAGUGACGAGAUCCGUAAAUAAUAAUUACGUACCAGUAUCUCGUCCCAUACCGAUAAGAAAUCCAAAUUCCAGGAGAAACUCGAUGUUACCUGGUUCUGAUAUGUGUAACGAAGUAUUAGCUUUUAAUGACAGCCUGAAACCUUGCCAAAAUCAAAUCCUUGAAAAUCAUAUCUCAGAAUAUAUCAAUCCUUACAUGUUGGAUAAUCGCGAGUCAGAAGUAAAUAUUACUGAUAAUAUCAUUAACGAUAAUUUUGUUGCAAUACAAAACGAUAAUUCACCUGAUCUAUUACUUGAGGUUCUCAAAAACACGGAAAUGCCUGAACCUAUCAAAGAGUUGAAAGCUCUAACACUAAAUAACGAGGCGAAACAGACACAAGUGAAGAAAAUUCAAUCAAAUUUGGAUGGAGCGCAUAAACGUAUUGAAGAACUGCAAACGACAAUUAAGAUUAAGCAACGUUUCAUAGCAGAUAUGAUAAAGAAUUCCGAUACGCGCACCAGCGCGAAGCAAAAAUUCCAACGUAAACGUAGUAAACUGGAAGAGGAGUAUUACAAUACGAGAACACAAUUGGCACAAGCGGAAAAUGCACAUAUGUACAAGGAUCUUGAUGAAAAGACACACAAGAAAGAAAUUGAAUUAAUGAAAAAUAUAGCGAUACAUUAUGAGAAACGAAUGAUGGAUAUAGAUAUGAUAAAGCAAAUAGCAGGUGAUUCCGCGAAAAAAGUCUUGGAGUUGGAAGCCUCGUUAAAUACGUCAAAGAAGCAAAUGGAUAAAUUAAAGCGGCAAUUGAAGAGAGAAGAGGAACGUAAGAAGCAGUUGGAGGACGAGUUGGCUAAGGAUCAGCAAAAGAUUCGUGAACUUGAGGAGAAAUAUAAUUUAACUGCGUCCAAAUUGAAGGAAAUGCAAUCGGAGAGCGAGGAUGAGAAACACAAUAUGAAAUCAAAAACUGUUUGUUCAGAGAAAGAUUGUUCAGAUAAGAUGAAGAAUUUGAUGGAUGUUAGUGCAAGGAUAUCUCAUCUGGAUCAUGUUCUGAAAGAGAAAUCAAUGGAUCUAGAAAGAACUGCUGACAUGGAUGAGAAAGAAGCGUUACGACACGAAAUUAGAAAUUUGAGGCGCACUCGAGAUUGUUUAGUGGACGAGAAAUGCGAUUUAGAUGAGAAGUUUCAAAAGGAUAGAACCCUGACGAUGGUCGAAGAACGUAAACUAUUAGAAUGCGGUGAAACCAUCGAAGCCAUCGAUGCGAUGAUCGAGCACAAGAAUGAAAUGAUUUGCGGACGGAAGGAUUUUGAUGAGAAUCAAUCUCAACGCGAAAAGGGUGAGAGAAUGUUGACGGAGCGUUUGAAGAAACUCUCACACGGUGAAAUAAUAACGUUAUUUAUGAAAUACUUCCGCAAGGUGAUCGACUUGAAGGAAAGCUCGAAGAAUCUGGAGGUUCAGAUAACCGAGCUCGAGGCUCACAUCACGAAUCAGGAUUGGCGGCUAAUGGAAGCCGAGAAACGAAUGAUUUUAAUGCAGAGGCAGUACGAAGAUAAGUUGCAUCACGUGUUUAGGCACUUUGCAGAGGAGACAAGCAGCUCCGGUUACGAACGAUUGGAUAAGGAUUCUGAGCUUGUAAGAUUUAAAAAGGAAAAUAGAGCGCUCAAAAAACGAUUAGCGGAUGUCGAAGCUCUUCUCAAGGGUACAACACCACCGCGUGCAGCUAGUCCAUGUAAAAUUCUGCAACAGCAAGGAUUAAAACAGAUCACUCCGAGUACUCGAUCGACGACUAUAACGAGAAAACGAAACAAACUGAUAAUUGAAAAGACAACUGACAGAGAGAGCGAUAAGAGGAAAAAGUGA